AUGUCUUUCAAUCUUGAUGGAUUAUUACCAAGUGUGAUGCGAGGGAAACAUAUAUUAGUACUUGGGGCAUGUAAUCGCCUUGGGAAUCAAGUUGUAUGUCAAGCACUUGAAGCAUCAUAUCAUAUCACGAUAUUGGUUCAAACCGAUAAAUCACUACCAUUCACUCGUGCACAGCUACAAAACCCAAACUUGGUAAUUUACGUUGGUUCGAUCCUAUCACAAAAAGAUCUCGAAAAAGUUGUCGAAGGCAAAGAUGCAGUAAUAAACUGUCUUUACUCCAAUAAAAACCCAUGGAAACCUCAAAAUUCCAAUCUACUUUCUACUACACAAAAACUCUUGAACGAAGUCAUGAUUGCACAUGGUGUCAAACGACUAAUUGUAGUUCGAGGUCAACCUCAUGGUUCAAUUGUAAAUAAAUCAUGGCCACGGAUAUUCACCAAGGACAAAGUUCAAAAUGAUAAAGAACAACAAGAGAAAUUGAUCUUAGAAAAUUCGGAAAAUAUAGAUUGGACAAUAAUUAACGUUGGAAAAUUGACAAACGGAAAACUUACGGAAAAUUAUUCACUCAAAGGAGGAGUGAACAAAGUUGUUCAGGAGAAAGUUUCGAGAGCUGAUGUAGCACAUUUGAUUCUUCAAGAAAUUGGAUUCGGGAUGUGGGUUAAACGUGCCCCAUUCAUACAUGGUGAAUAA